AAUUUGACCAUCUUUCUUAUUCUCUUCAGUUUCUGAAUCAGAAUAAGCUUUUGAAAAAAAUAAAUUAAGAAAAAGCAUUGCUGUCUCUCUGUUACUGCCAUCACACUGCCGCUACAAAGCAAAGCAGUAAAUGCGGGCUCCUCUCUCCAACUCUUCUCUCUGUCUCAGGGUUCAGGUGAGAAACAGAGUAGAACAGAAGGUCAAAGAGAGUUCAAGUAAGAGAAACGGUGUCGUUGAGUGUUAGGUUAGGUUGGGUUUUUUUUGUUUUUUUGAUGUUCAUGUAAAAUGGAAGCGAGAAUGAAGAAGUACAAUAGGCAGCAUCAGCAGCAACAAUUGAGUCCUGAGAGAGCUAAAGUAUGGACGGAGAGAUCGCCCAAGUAUCAGCAGAAGAAUCGCAGAGUGGCGGUUGUUUAUUAUUUAUGUAGAAAUCGUCAGCUUGAGCAUCCUCAUUUUAUUGAAGUUCCUCUUCCUCCUCAGCAAGAUGGUCUUUACUUAAGAGAUGUGAUUGAGAGGCUUAAUGUGUUGAGAGGUAGAGGAAUGGUUUCUAUGUACUCAUGGUCUUGCAAGAGAAGCUACAAAAAUGGGUUUGUUUGGCAUGAUCUCAGUGAGGAUGACUUAAUCCUUCCGGCUCAUGGAAGCGAAUACAUUCUUAAAGGUUCUGAACUCUUUGAUGAGUCUAAUUCAGUUCAUUAUGUGCCUGUUGGAGCGGUUAAAACACAAAGUCUGAAACUAUUGCCAGAACCAAUAUCUUCUAGAAGUCAAGAUGAUUCCUCUUCAUCUUCAAGCAUGAACGGGAAGGAAAUGAAGCGUUCUCAGGAAGAUGACAUUUCUCCUCCACUUCAACGUCCGAGCUCGUCUGAUGUUUCACCCGAGUCUAGAGACGGCAAGAAUUCUUCUUGGAAUGGUUCAUUGAGCUUGACAGAGUAUAAGGUUUGUAAGAGUGAUGGAUUAGCGGACGCUUCAACGCAGACUGAGGAAAAUGUUAGUAGACCAAAAUCUCGAGAAACAUGUACAAGGGGUGUUUCAACUGAUGAUAAUUCAUCAGAACAUGAAUGCAACGACAAUUAUCAAAACCAUCUUCCACGUGUGAAAGAAAAUUCCGAUACAAGCGAGAAUUCUGUUUCCCCUCCCCCACCAUCCUCUAGUGCGUCGUCAUCGGGUGGGAAGACUGAAACUUUGGAGUCCCUGAUUAGAGCUGAUGUUAAUAAAAUCAAUAGUUUUAGGAUCCUCGAGGAGGAGGAAAUUAGAAUGCCAGGCAAUCCAAGGAUCAAAGCUAGCAAUAUGUUAAUGCAAUUGAUCUCCUGUGGGUCUAUUUCAGUGAAAGAUCACAGUUUUGGACUCAUUCCAACAUACAGGCCCAGGUUUUCACAUUCAAAAUUUCCAUCUCCACUAUUUUCUACUUCAGUAAUGUUGGGGGAACUUGAUUGCUUAUCGGAGAAUCCGAGGUUAAUGGGUCUGAAAUUGGAAGAUAAGGAAUAUUUCAGUGGGAGUCUGAUCGAGACAAAAAUGCUCAAGGAAGAAGGGAACGGGCCUGGUACCCUGAAACGGUCUUCUUCCUACAAUGCAGACAGGACUAGCAAGCAAGCGGAUCCAGUCGAGGACAACGAUGAAUCAACCUCAGGACGUUCGAAGUGCAUUCCACGAUCUAUAAAAGCCUCCAUAAGCAAGCAUCCGAGAAGUGAAUCUAUGAGAUCACCUAUUUCUGAUAAACCAAGAUCGUCGUCUGAUGGGCCCGAUGGCUCUGCAACCUUACACUGUACCAGGUCCAAUGGCAGCAGCUUUAGAAUUACCGAUCCCACCUCAAGCAAUAAACAAACAAAGAAACUCGAUUCCUUCAGGGAAGAGAAAGAGACGAUGAUCAAAAUCGAAGAAAGACUUGCUUCAGGAGCUCGGGUUAUAAUUCAAUCGAAAGCGCCUUGUGAAGCAGCUGUUUGCGGUGCAUUAUGAAAUGGCCUUCCACUGGUAACAAAUUUGUUUAAACUAGAAAAUGUAAAAUUCAUGCUUAUUUAGUAUGUAAUCUAAAACUAGUGUUUUAUAAAACUUGGCUUAAAUUUCCAUUUUUUUA